AUGGCCCUCCCCCUCCCCGCCGCCCGCCACUCCGCCUUCCGCGCAUGCAGUAGCGCGGAGGGGGAAGGAGGGCGGGGGAAGCAGAAGGCGGAGCUGGGGGAAGGGCAGCAUGCUGGUGGUGCAGCCGCGCCCCCAUCCGCGCUGGCUGCUGCGCGCCAAGCUCAUGCUAGUGGUGCAGCCGCGCCCCCAUCCGCGCUGGCUGCUGCGCGCCAAGCUGGGAGAGGCGCUGCGAUUGGGUCGUUCUUUGGCAGUGGCACCAUAGAGAGCAUUGCCGCUCAUGUGCAUGCUUCACACACCAUGGGCGUACCAGUGGAGGCAGUAUUCGUAAAUGCUGCUCUCUCAGGCGUACAGCAACGGAAUCUGGAGGCUGCGUGGGGCCUUUCGGUGGUGGACAGGGUGGGGCUGAUCAUUGAGAUCCUUGGAGCUCGUGCAAACAGCGGACCCUUCACCUCGAUUCUCCCCCUUGCGGCCCUCUUCCUGCCCCCUCUUUCACCACCUGCUCCCCUUAAGGCCGCAUGGGGUCUGCCGGUGGUGGACAGGGUGGGGCUGAUCAUUGAGAUCCUUGGAGCUCGUGCAAACAGCUGGCCCUUCCACUCCCUUACUCCCCCUUUUUUCCCUCUUCCUUCCUCCUCUUUCGCUCCUUCUCCUUCCCACCUGCCCUCUCCAAAGGCCGCAUGGGGCCUGCCGGUGGUGGACCGGGUGGGGCUCAUCAUUGAGAUCUUUGGAGCUCGUGCAAACACACGAGAGGCCAAGCUGCAGGUCGAGAUGGCAGGUUUGGAGUACCAGCGCAGCCGGCUGGUUCGGCAGCGAGGCUCGGGGGGCUGCAGGCUUGGGUUUGGUUCGGGAGGGGAGCAGCAGGUGGUGAGUGCGCGAGGGAGGGCGGCAGGCGGGCGGGGCUUUUUGGCUGGAGCAGGGGAGAGCGAGCUGCAGCUGCAGAGGCGACGAAUAGCGGAGAAGCAGCACAAGCUGAGGCAGCAGAUAGCGCAAGUGAGGAGGACACGUGGCCUGCACCGAUUGGCCCGCAGACGAGCCUGCUGGGAGGGCGGAGGGAAGGGGCGAGGGCUGCCGGUGGUGGCGGUGGUGGGCUAUACGAACGCAGGCAAGUCAACGUUGGUGACAGCACUUUCACAGUCGCCCCAAUACAUUGAUGAUCGGCGCAGGGUGCUUCUGAGUGACACAGUGGGGUUUAUCUCCGACCUGCCCCAUCAGCUGGUGGAGGCGUUUCAUGCGACGCUGGAGGAGGUGGUCGAGGCCGACCUGCUGCUGCAUGUGGUGGACGCGUCAGCACCAGACAUGCAUCAGCAGCGGCAGGCGGUGUUGCAAGUCCUGACGCAGAUGGGGGUGCCUGUGGAUCCAGGCAUGGCCGCUGACGUCAGCAUGGCUGCUAGGGGAAGCAGCAUGGGUGUGCAUCAUGGUGGUUAUGGUGUGGACGGUUCAAGAAUGCAUAGUUACGGCAGCUGGAAAGAGGGGAGGUUCUUUACUCAUCCACACAUCAUCGAAGCUUGGAACAAGGUGGACCUCCUCCCUCCCUCGCACCCCCUGCUCUCCGGCUCGUCCAUUCUAGAGUCACAUCUGCAUAAGAGCACACUAGACCCGGCUGUAGCACUGUCCAAAUCCCAGGAUCCGUUACAAUCACAAGAGGCUUCGUUAAUGAGAAAUCCUGCGCUGCAACAAGAACUCGAGGCGGAUAGUGCAGGAGUGCAGAUAGGAGAGGGAAGCGGGCGGGUGCACGUUUCUGAGACACUCAGGCUUGGUGGUGGGAGUGGGUCGGGCAAUGUACGGAGUGAAGCUUGGGGUAUCCCUGAUCCCCAGCUGGAGGAGCAGGAUGAGCAUGGUGAGGAGGAGGUGGAGGAGGAGGUGGAGGAGGAGGUGGAGGAGGAGGUGGACGAUGAGGAAGAGGAAGAGGGAAGUGACGAGGAAGAGAAGGGUGAUGAGGAAAGGGAGGAUGGGUGUGUUGAGAGAGUGCGUGCCGAGGAGGAGGAAUAUAGGCUGGGUCAGCUCGAAUUACAGCUCCAAAUUUAUUGCUCAGCCAAUCUCCUCUCUUUCCCAGCCAUGCCCAAGUUUCGAAGUUUCGCCGCACCUACAGCUGGGCUGGGCAGCGGCCAGCCCAGUCAGCCACCUGUCCACCAACCAAUCCUUGCCGACGAAGAGCCUCAGGGAACUCCAGAUUCCAAAUCGCGAAGCACCAUACGCCCCCAGCCCAGAGGAGCAGCAGCUGAGCUGACCUGUCCAUCCCCGUCCUGA